AUGGACUUCCAUUAGUAGGACAGCGAUUUAUUAACAUCAAAACCUACCAAUCAUAUGACAUAAGAAUUGGUUUCUUAAGGUUUAGGUGUAUAAGAACAAAGUGAUUGUAGCUAUUCAUCUCAACAUUUGUGUUCUGUAAUUAAUUCAGACUUAAUUUUGAUAGAGUGAACCCAAUUGUAACAGGAACAUCAAUGGCAAUAAGAGUUCAUUUAAGAAAGUUAGUAAAAGCAAUUUAGAUCUAUAGAACUUGACAAACAAACAUUCAUAUAUUUGUGCUCAUUAUAAUUUCUUAGGCAAUUGCUCCUAAGAACAUUGCAAGUAUUCUUUAAAAAAUAAACUAAAAGGAAGAGACAUGUUUUGAUUUAAGAAGAAGAUGAGUUAAAUGAAUUCAUAGCAGAUAAUAUUGAUCUAAUAGAUAACCUUAUAAGUAGUGGAAAGAAACUCAAAUUGUCUUAAUCUACAUAUAGAACCUAAUUAGCCAAAUAUAGGAAAUGCAAAUCUAAUAAUAAAGAAAUUUCUGAGAAUUUAGAAUCUAAGUUCUCAAAUUUAGAUUAAAUCACUUUUGGUGAUUUUUCAAUAGGAAACUUGUGGAAUCUGAAUGCUUUAUCUUUUUCGACAAAUCAAACCCAUUCUUAAACAGAUCUCAAUACUAAUUUGAUCAACAAAUCAAUCAAUCAUUUGAUAAAACCAAAACCAAUGGUGGAUUAUAAAUAAGUAUCUGAAAUAUUAGAGAAUUCUACAUCUCCUCUAUCAAUUUCCUGUGAAAUCAAAAAAAAUCUCAUGUCUAAACUAAAAUCAGACAUUGAUAAAAUGCAAGAAAAAAUUAAAAUUAUAGCAAUGUUAAAAAAAUGGAUAAAUAAUCAAUAAGUUGACUUCAAUGAAUACAUAACUUUGCACUCUUCCCUCUCUUAAAUACAAUAAAUACAUUAUACUAAUUUUCUUAAGAUAACAAAUAUGACAAUACCAAGUAAAAUUUUCUAUUUAUCCUUUAGAUUAAGUAAAUAUCCAUUAGUAGUUUCAAAAUAUCUAAAGUGUUUAAUAAUGA